AUGGCAUCCUCAGGAGGGACCAGCUACACCUUGAUUCCCAACCAGAAAUUCCGGCGCAGUAACCGGCGCUCCCGGCAGCCCUGCAACACCCUGGACAUGGAUCCCCAGUCUCUGUCAGCACUGGGAUAUUUUAAAACACUUCCAUUAGAGAUCUUCCAAAUGGUAUUGAAUUAUCUUUCAGUGAAGGACAUCAGCAUGCUGAGCAUGGUGUCAAAAACCAUCAGCAACCGCCUCAUUAAUUACAUCUCAAGCCCAUCAGGAAACCGAAGGCUUUUACUGCAAGACUUUCAUAACUCUGAGCUACCUGGCAUGAGAGAAGGAUGCUCUAUUUUAGAGCACUACAAGUCUCUAGGGCUGUUGCUCAAGAGAUGCACACUUCUCCUGCCUACAAAAGACAGACUGAAGUUUAUCCACAAGGUUCUCUCAGAGAUUUCCUGUUUUAAGCUCAAUGGGUGCCCAAACCCUCUGCAUUGUUUAGGACUGCAGUGCUAUGGGGUGUUCUUACAGAUCCUAACAGCAGGCUGGGAUGAACUGGAGUGUCACCGUGUGUUUAACUUCCUCUGUGAGCUGAGCAAUCUGCCCCGCAAGGUGCAGACAGUUGUCAGCAGCAAACCAGGCAGCGCCCGGAAGCUGGAGCUGCGGAUCAGGCUGUACUGCCGGGCUGUGCUGCUCAACCACUGGAGCCACAGGAGUGACUCUGCUUUCUGGUUGACCCGCAUUUUAAAGCCCUGGCCCAUGGUCAACCAAGCUCGCCUGCUCUACAUCAUCUUUGGGCCAGUGUCCUCCCUCGAUGGACAUGUGGUUUGGCAGAAAAUGACAGAAGGACCAACAGAUGAGACCAGUCUGAAAGGUCUGGCAGAUGCAAUCAAGCUGCUGUACGACACAGAAGCCAGGGAAUGGACGGCAGACGAUGUUAUCAGUCUUGUGGAUGAGCUGUCAGUUGUUCCCCGGGAGUGGCUCAUGGAGAACAACGCCCGGCUUCUGAUUCUGAGUGGAAACAACAUUUGCUUCACUUUUAUGGCCAGUAAAGCUGUGAACAGGAGAGCCAUGGAGCUAGCCAGGCUGACAGUCUUCCUGGCUUUGGUCUGUGAGAAGGACCUGUACUGCAUGGACUGGGCAGUGAAAAUGAUGCAGAAGGUCUGCAAAGUUUUCAGCACCCCAGGGGAGAGAAACCACUUCCUGCAGUGUGUGGAGAAUGCCUUUGCACACAUGAUCAUGGACAUGCUGCAGGCAGUGCUGACAGGAGACCGUGAUGAGGAAGACACCAGCUUCUUGAAUCUAUUCCACCUGGUAAAUGCACAAGCAAACUUCCACAAAGAAAUCCUGUACCUGACCAUGAGAAGCAGCACUGACCCUGUUUGA